GUGAGCACGUCGCGCGUCACGUGAGCCCGGCGUCACGUGACGCGCGGCGCCACCAUGGCGCGCUCUGGGUUUGCUUCGCUGCUGCUGCUGGACGGGGGCGUCUCCUCGGAGCUCGAGGCGGCGGGGUUCCCCUUGCAGGGGGACCCCCUGUGGAGCUCCCGGCUGCUGCUCACUCACCCGGACGCCGUGAAGGACGUGCACCUGAGGUUCCUGCGGAGCGGCUCGGACGUGAUCUCGACGGCGACGUACCAGGCGAGCGUGCCCGGCUUCGUGUCGCACCUGGGCCUGCGCCCCGAGGAGGCGCGCCAGCUCAUCCACACCGGGGUGCGGCUGGCACGCGAGGCCGUGCACGAAUACAUCUCAACCGCAGGUCCCCGCGAGGUGGAGGUGAAGGUGGCCGGCUCGGUGGGGCCCUACGGAGCCCACCUGCACGACGGCUCCGAGUACACGGGGGCCUACGUGGACACGCUCUCAACGGAGGAGCUGAUGGACUGGCACCGGCCGCAGGUGUCGGCGCUGCUGGAGGCCGGGGUGGACCUGCUGGCCCUGGAGACGGUGCCCAGCGCCGCCGAGGGCCUCGCGCUGGUGCAGCUCCUGCGGGAGUUCCCCGGGGCCUCCGCUUGGCUUUCCUUCUCCUGCAAGGACAGCCGCCACACGUGCCACGGCGAGGAGUUUGGCGAGGUGGCGCUGGCGCUGGCCGCCCGGUCGCGGCAGCUGCUGGCCGUCGGGGUGAACUGCUGCGACCCCGAGCUGGUGGGCGACCUCCUGGGUGGCGUCGCCAACGCCAAGGGCUUCGACAAACUCCUGCUGGCCUACCCCAACAGCGGGGAGCACUGGGAUGUGCAGCGAGGGUGGGAGCGGAGACCGCGCAGGCCCACGCUGGCGACGUACAGCCUCGCGUGGAGGGACCUGGGAAUCUCCUGGAUCGGCGGUUGUUGCCGGACGGGGCCUCAGGACAUCGAGGAGCUGGGACGCACCCUGAGGCCUCAAAUGCAGCCGCCCAGCACCACUGCCUGAGCUCCUCCUGCCUGGGCCUCCCCGCUCUGGUCUCCGAACCUUAGUUUCCUAGCCUUGGCCUCUCAGUCCAGGUCCUCCAGCCCUGGCUCUGCUAUCACAGGUCUCCUAGCCAAAGCUGGUGUCAUGAAACUCCGCACGGGCACGGAGCCCUGUGCCCGACUUUGCACGCUCUGACAGUGCAUGUGUUGUGUUACCCUAAUUUAAAUUAAUUAUUUGCCAAAAUUUGAAUGCGUUCGACGUUCGUGCACGGUUGCGUUAAAAGAGAACAAUGUCAACGCUGCCUUGAGUGUUCGCAGUGGAAUCGUUUAAAUAAAACAUAUCAGCAGCA